UUAACUUUCUGCUAAGUGUUGUGCAUGGUGUGCUAGUGUUAACAGAGUAAAUGCACUUCAGGAUGCAUUUAUGGAUUAUAUCUGUUGGAAACAUUUUCCUUGUCUGUUUUUUAUUCCAUUUCUCUCAUGAAUAUAGUCCAAGAGAAUAUUAUGUGCCUUGGCUAGACGAAGAGACAGAUAGUCCAAGAUGGAUAAAAUUGCCACAGAGGCGAAAUGUUGAAAGCCAAAAACCGGAAAGUGGGGAAAAUACUAGACAUUUUGGUCCUGAUACAAUAAACAGAAUAACUGAAACGUUGGGUGCGAUAAACACAGUAGGGAGAUAUUUAGUGAAUAUGACUAGGGGAGCUACUGAUAGUACUAAAUUAUCAGACGAAGUACCAAGUGCCAUUUAUACUAUUAGUAAGAACGUGUUAGGUAGGAAUGUGACUGAUUCCAUUGCUCCUCUAGUCAGAGAAGCAUUACCUGUUGUCAUUGACAAUAAAAAUGACGAAGAAGAAGAGGAAGACGAAGACCCUAAAAGUUGUACAACUCCGGAAGGACUAAAAGGAUAUUGCGACGAUCUAAGUGACUGUCCCCAAUUAUUACUAAACUUAGGAAACCUCCGACAAUCUUUAUGUUUUAAAAGUCUUUUCGUCCCGGGAGUUUGUUGUCCAAGGACUGGUAAUAUUGAAUCGGUUACGUUAAAACCGAUCCAAGUGACAACAAUCCGGACACAGAAACUCAAACCUGUGACACUUCCUCCAACCAAACCUCCAACUACAAAACCACCACUAAUUGAAAUCCCCAAUUUGAGUCUAAACCCACUUGGUAAUAUUGUGGACCCGUCAGAUUGUGGUCAACCCGAAUCGGCAAAAUACCGGGUAGUUGGGGGCGAGGAAGCCUUGCCAGGACGCUGGCCUUGGAUGGCCGCAAUUUUCCUCCACGGGUCUCGCCGUACCGAAUUUUGGUGUGGGGGCUCUCUAAUUACGGCAAAACAUGUUUUAACUGCUGCUCAUUGCACGAGAGAUUCGCGCCAACGACCAUUUGCAGCAAAACAAUUCACCGUAAGAUUGGGCGAUAUUGAUUUGAAAAGAAACGAUGAGCCCUCGAGUCCUAUUACGUUUAAAGUAUCAGAAAUAAGAGCGCAUCCUCAAUUUAGUCGUGUUGGCUUUUAUAAUGAUAUUGCAGUAUUGGUUUUGGAUAAACCGGCAAGGAAAUCGAAAUAUGUUAUUCCACUUUGCUUGCCGCCUCCUGAAUUACGAAAUGAGAAAUUCGCAGGGAGAAAAACCACGGUUGUUGGUUGGGGCACUACUUUUUACGGGGGAAAAGAAAGCACAGUACAGAGACAAGCCGUUUUGCCAAUUUGGAGGAACGAAGAUUGCAAUCAAGCCUAUUUUCAACCAAUCACAGAUAAUUUUAUCUGUGCUGGCUACUCGGAAGGCGGGACAGACGCUUGCCAGGGAGAUUCAGGUGGACCAUUAAUGAUCCACUGGGACACUCGCUGGGUUCAAGUCGGAGUUGUCUCCUUCGGAAAUAAGUGCGGGGAACCGGGAUAUCCUGGAGUCUACACUAGGAUCACCAAUUAUCUCGAAUGGAUUAAGGAAAAUACCAAGACAUAGACGUUAUGCUCAAAACUUUACUCUUAAUAUCUCGCUUAAUUACAGCGCGUGAUGUCAACAGUGACUAAGUUUAACAAUUACUUAAAAACUACUUUGUAAGACUAUUUAUUUUAAUUAAACUUUGUGAUAAUACAUUUUUACACAGA